CAAAACAAAGAAAAAUAUUAUAUAGAAAUUAGAAAUUUUACUUCUAUGAAUGUAUUUCAGCAGAAUAUGAAGCUUUAUUAGGCGGGCUAAUCGCUGUAUAUACUAUACUAGAUGUACUGUCAGCCGCAAAAACAAUCGCAAACUGCCGAAAUAUAUCAGCAAACUGUCCUGAAGUUGGCAUGUCCUUCGUGCACUCAAUGUGUUAGUGUUAUUAAUAUGCUGCAAUGUCUGCAAACCAUUUAGACUCCGUGGUUUUACAGAAGGAAAAGGAAUGGCGUGAAGCUUCUCAACUCAGAGUUCAGGCACUGGAAGAAACUAUAGCUGAAAAAGAUAGGGAGUUGAGACAGGAAAAGUUGAGAUUUCGUAAGUUGAAGGAUGAUUUUGAGUAUAACUUGAAACUUAUAUUAGAAAGAGAUCAAGAGUUAGAGAAAUAUGAUGCGGUGAUUGGUAAAGUAAAGGAAGAUGAGCACGUUAAGACUGCUCAAGUUAGUGAAUUGUGUGUGAAGAUUGAUGAACUCAAUAUCAAGUUACAAAAUGAACAGAAGUCCAAAGAGGAGCUACAGAAACACUACCAAAAGAGAUUGCAAGAAUAUCAGAAUCAAUUUAAAGCUUUUCAUGAAGAGAAAGAUAAUGAAGUUGCCAAAGAAAGGGAGGAGCUUUCAUCCUAUCGGAAAAAUCUGGAGCAGCAAUUAAGAGAAACAGAAAAUGAUUUUGAGUUUCGUCAUCAAGAAAAUGUCACUAAUUUUGAUGAAGCAAUAAGAAAAAAAGAACAAGAAUAUCGAUCAAAACUGGAUGAAACAAGUAGUCUCUUGUUGUCAAAUGACCUUAAGAUCAGAAGUUUAACAAAAGAGCUGGAGUUAUUGCGAUGUGAUAGUCGUCGAUGUAAAGAGGAACUCGACAAGACAGGAGUGAGCACUCGGGAGCUGGAGAGGAUGCUUAAAGAAAAAGAUUGGAUGAUUUCUGAUUUGGAAAACACUCAUAAGUAUAAGGUCACAGAUCUGGAAGCACAACUGGAAAAUAUGAGGAAAAUGGGAGACAACUUAGAGGAGGAUUUUAAAAGGAAACAUGCCGAAUUGGAUCGCUAUGCUCGGGAAAAAGAAGUAAUGUUGACCAACGCUAAACAAGGUUUCACUGAGAAAGAAAGACAACUUCAGCAGAAUAUUCGCAAAUUACAAAACCAACUCGAAGCUAAAGAACAGGAACAUCGUCAAAAGGAAUGGAGACUUGUGGACAAACUGAAGGAAAAUGAUAUCACUAUACAGACGCUAAAUCAAUCAAUCGCAGACUUAAAGAGCAAGAUGGACCAACAGAACCAGGAAUAUUCCAGAUUAACUGUAGCAAAGGAUGUUGAAUUAGAAACGUUGCAUCAACAGGAGUCCAAGAUGAGAUCUGAACUCGCGCAGAGAAAGAAUGAUCUUGACAGGAGGCAAAAAGAGUUGUCUUUAUCUUUGGAGAGGGAGUCGUCGUUGGAACGUUCUAGGGCUCAGUUAGAGUUGGAUUGGCAGCGCAGAUGUGAAGAGGCAGAGAGAACUGGGUAUGAUAAACAAGAAAAACUAGUUAAGAAUUUAACACAAGGCAAAGAAGAGGCGUUAUCGUUGGUGAAACAACAGAAACGUGAACUGCUUCACAAGGAUAGUGUUAUCCAUAUUUUGAAGACGCAAAGCGAUGAAUCAGUUUCUAUUCUCAAGCUUCAUGGACUAACCGUGCCUUCCCAAAUAUCAGUCGAAGAUGUUGGCACACCAGCAGCGAAUAUGAAUAAUGAAGAACUUCAAGUUCAGAACGAAAAUUUGCGUCACGUUAUUCAUCAAAUGAGACAGGACAUGGAGGAUUUGACGAAACAGUUGACGCAACGUACCACUGGAUCGAUAACUAAUGCAGGAGAUGGCGUACCCAUCACAGAAGAAUAUGUAAGAAGUCUGGAAAAAGAAAUUCGAGAAGUGAAGGCGAGAAACCACGAACUGACCCAAUCCACGGUUAAUACAAAUGCUAAAACUGAAAAUACUGAGCCAACUUACGUUUUAGAUGGAAGUAAGGAUAAUGUUCAUAUAAGAGGUCUGGUGGCACAGCUGAACAGCACGAUCGGUAGUUUACGUCAAGAGAAAUUAGACCUUACAUCUCAAUGGAGAAAAUGUGAAGCAACUAUCGUUCAUCUUCAAGGUUUACUUCAUCAUUCUUCAGAAGAGGUUCGUCAGAAGCAACUAAACAUUGAUCAACUUCACUAUCAGUUGACAACAGAGAAUCGUCGGGCCAACGAAGAAAUUAAUGCUUUGAAGCAGCAGAACUCUGAUCUCAAGCUACAGGUAACCCAAGCAAGACACCAGGCUGACGAAUUUUACAAAACGGGUUUGGAGAGAAAUAUUGAUGCUGUAUCAUUAGGAAACCAGUUGUCAGCAUUAAAAUUGGAUCUUGCCAGUCACGGAAAACCUUUGAAUACGUACAAUCCAGAAAGUCAGUUUAUACAAGACCUUCGACAGAAUGAAGUCCCUGGUAUGAAAGGAGUAGUAUCUUCAUCUGAAGGAUUACACACCAAACUACGUCAAGCUGCUCAACGAAUUAAUGGAUUAACAAAAGAACGCGAACAGUUGAUUAAAAUGGGAAAUAAGCUGAGAGCUGAAUUGUUGAAAUAUAAAGGAGGAAGAAAAUCGCCUUCAAUUGAAGCGAGUCAAUUAUCCAAAGAUCCGCAGAAUGUGGCGCAAACAUCCCGAUUCCAACUACGGGGUUUGGAACAGUUGCAAUAUCAACUAACGAGCAAAGAACUGCAGUAUGCACAGAAAACACUAGCGAGGAAUAAUGAUCAGCAUUCGCUAUCUCCUCGGAAAAAGAAUUCCGCGUCGGCCCAAACACUUCAAAAACACUCUCCAAACACGGAACUCGCAGAAAACGCAGGCCUACCGGAAACGUCUACUGGUCGUGACGACAUCGUCUCACCAUGGCAACCCUCGUUCUCAUCAGACGACCGCGCGUCAUUACAAGAUGUCUGGAAACUACUAGACGAGGACAGUCCUGGAUUCACCCCUCGUGGAAAUCGCGGGGGCGAAGUCAGCAAGUCUCAGCUUCGGGAAAGUUCCUCAACUACGGACAGUUUCACGGUCAAAGGUCAGCCUAGUCACGUGCAUCUCAAGCCAGAGUGUUCCAAGGCUGCGCUGUCUGCCAAGGCAGCUGGUAAAUGGACACCCUCCCAGGUAAAAGCGAAGAUAAGAAAUUAUAAUAUAAGAGACGAAGAUGUUCGCGAGGGAUUGUAGAUAUUUUUAUUCACCUAUCAUAUUUAUUUAACAUUUAUUACUCAAGCUAAAGCGAGAGUCUUAAAUUCGGUUCGUUGUUUUUCUUGCGAGACUUAUUCUCCCACGCGGCCAAACUUCAUUUUGGCCAAAUAAACCGUUAUCAUCCAUCUAUAUUGGCGUUCAGCGGCUCGUUCAACUUCCUGUUUCUUCGUACUAAAUUCAGCGGCUCAUUCGACUUCCAGCUUCUUUGUGCUUUAAAG